ACCAUGAAGAAGGUCUUCAGCUUCUGGGGAAAGGGCAAGACCAAUGAGUCCAACAGCCAUUUCUCUGAUCUGUCCGUGAACAUGGCUAGGGCCACCCCCAGCCUGCCCACAGGUGGGGGACAUCACCGUCAAGAUAAGCACUUGAAGAAACUUCACAAAGCUGCUUCAGUUGGCAAUGAGCAGAAAUUGAAGGUGUACCUUGAACGCAAGAAGCAUGAUGUGAAUGGGCAGGACAAAAAAAGCAGAACACCUUUGCAUUUGGCCUGUGCUAAUGGAUAUACAAAUAUUGUGUGUCUCUUAAUUGAGCAUCAAUGCAAAAUGAAUGUCCAGGAUAGUAAAAACAGAACCCCAUUGAUGAAGGCAGUACAGUGUCAACAGGAGAACUGUGCCACUGUCCUUCUACAGCAUGGUGCGGACCCAAAUCUGGUGGAUUCUGAUAGUAAUACAGCCCUCCAUUUUGCUGCUUGUGGUAAAAAUACCUCACUAGCCAACAAGUUGCUCGAAUACAAAGCCGACCUUGAAGCUAAAAAUAAGGAAGGCUACACUCCACUUUUACUUGCCAUUGCUGAAAACAAUGAAAAUAUGGUAAAAUUCCUCCUGAAGAAAGGAGCAAAUGUUAAUGCAUCAGAUAAUAAACACAGAACAGCCAUUAUGAUUGCUCUCAUUUCUGAACCAACAAGUUCUGUAACACUCCUUCUUCAACAAGAUACAGACCUGUCUUGCAGAGAUAUUUAUGGAUUUACAGCUGAGGAAUAUGCUUCUUUUAAUGGCUUUACUACGUUUCAUCAGAUAAUUGCCAAUAAUGGAAACAAGAAGAAAACUAAAUCAACAGCUUACUGACCAAGCAGUUCCUCCUGUUCCUUUAUAUUUU